AUGGCCAUUCCGGGAUUUGAGGCGUGCACCCAGCAACGACACGUGCCCGCCCGGGACCUCGUGUAUGUACGGCCGGUGCGCGGAGCCGUGCUCGGCGAUACGGUGCCCGCCAGGGAAGGUCUGCCGAGCCGAGGGCGCGGCGCCGAGUGCGUGUGCCCCGCGGGCCUCGCCGGAGACGACUGUGACCAGAUAUCCUCUGGCGGUUGCUCUGUCGACACCUCGUGCCCGCCCGACCAGGCUUGCAUCUCGGGCACGUGCCUUGACCCGUGCCUGGUGAAGAACCCGUGCGCCGCGGACGCCCUGUGCACGGUGGCGCAGCACAGCCCCGUCUGCACGUGUCCGCCGGGCCAGUUCGGGGACCCCUACGUCGUCUGUGGACUCACUGUCGGGUGCCGCGACAACAGCGCCUGCCCGCCCACCCAGGCCUGCAUCAACAACCAGUGCCAGGACCCGUGUCGCUGCGGCCGCAACGCCGUGUGCGAGGUCACGCAGCAUCGUGCCACGUGCCGAUGCCCACCUGGGUACCAGGGCGACCCCCUCAGGAACUGCCAAGUGCCCAUCAACCCCUGCGACUCCGACCCGUGCGGCGAGGGCGCCCUCUGCGAGCUCGACAACGGCAACCCCAUCUGCGUGUGCCCGAAAGUUCCUGAGGGCAAGGACUGCGAGCCGAACCCGUGCGGCCCCAACUCGGGCUGCCGCGUGGUGGGCGGCGCCCCGGUCUGCUUCUGCCUGCCGGAGUUCAUCGGCAACCCCCCAAGCGUGGCGUGCAGCCCCCCCUCCAACCCGUGCUCCCCCUCCCCGUGCGGCCCCAACACCGAGUGCAACAUGGUGAACGGCUUCCACCGCUGCACGUGCCGCCCCGGCUACGUGGGCAACCCCAACACCAUCCGGGGCUGCGAGCCGCCUGUCAACCCCUGCGUGCCGUCCCCGUGCGGCCAGGGCGCCCUCUGCGACCCCAACAGGAAGUCCUUCUGCUACUGCCGCCCCGGCCUCAUCGGCGACCCCUACACCGGCUGCAGAGUGCCGCCCCCCAGCUGCGGCCCCGGCGUGUGCGGCCAGAAUGCCGAGUGCUACGUCCGCGGCGAUAAGCUGCAGUGCCGCUGCCUCGAGGGCUACCGAGGCGACCCGAAGGUGCAGUGCGAGGCGCAGCCCGACAACCCGUGCGAGCCCUCCCCGUGCGGGCCCAACGCGCAGUGCUCGGUGGCGACCGGCAACUACCCCGUCUGCGCCUGCUUCCCCGGCUUCUUCGGCGAUGCCGACUCGUUCCAGGGCUGCAAGCCGGAGUGCGUCGUCGACACGGACUGCAGCGACGACCUGGCGUGCAUCAGCACCAAGUGCGUGGACCCGUGCCCGGGCGCCUGCGGCAUCAACUCGCUCUGCGAGGUCAACACCCACCGCCCGGUCUGCUUCUGCCCCGCCGGCUUCAUGGGCAACCCCUACAUCCGGUGCGAGGAGAAGUCGGAGCCCAUCCCGCCCAAGGAGGAGCCGGGCCAGUCGGCCGUGUGCUCGUGCAUCGGCGACUACAUCGGCGACCCGAAGGACAGGUGCCGGCCGCAGUGCGUCACCAACGCCGACUGCGCCGACGACAAGGCCUGCAUCGACCAGAAGUGCCGCGACCCGUGCCCGGGGCUCUGCGGGGUCAACGCCGAGUGCGAGGUCGUGAACCACAACCCCAUCUGCUUCUGCCCCAAGGACCUCACCGGAGACCCCUUCAGGUUCUGUGUGGAGAAACCGCCGCCCCGCGCCCGGCCCCGUGCCAGCCGAACCCGUGCGGGCCAACUCCGAGUGCCGCCGAGUGCGGACGACAAGCCCAUCUGCUCGUGCCUGCCCAACUUCUUCGGCUCGCCGUGCCGCCCCGAGUGCACCAUCAACCCCGACUGCCCGAUGACCCUCGCCUGCAUCAACUACAAGUGCGUGGACCCUUGCCAGGGCUCCUGCGGCAUCAACGCGAAGUGCUCCGUGGUCGCGCACAACCCCGUGUGCAGGUGCCCCGACGGCCUCACCGGAGACCCCUUCAGCCGCUGCUUCGAGAAAGAUUUUCAGGUUUUACAGAUUUCUUGA